AUGGAUAAUCAUACCGCUCAUCUUACAUCAGAUUUCAUCUCUUAUUGUGAAGAAAAUAAGAUUAUCCCAUUCGCUUUUCCGCCUCAUACACCACAUAUUUUACAGCCUCUACAUGGAAUGCCAUUUUUACAUUAUAAACGCAUUUACAGAAGGGCUAUAAACGAGCAAGCUCACCUUGGUGGCUAUUUCUACGGUAAAGUGGAUUUUUUGGCCGAUAUUGCUCGAGUACGCGCCGAAGCUCUUACACCACGAACAAUCCGGAAAGGGUUUAGUGAACGUGGACUCUGGACUCUCAAUCCGGAUCUUAUUGUUGAUCGUCUUAUGGCAAAAUGGGAAGGUCAAAUGGGUCCGGAUUUGCAGGGUUUUGAUGGCAAUGAGGAGGAGCAAAAUAUCCCAAGUUCGCCUACAAAUGCUUCAUUUUCUCCACCAACUACGGCUUACAAACUUCAAAAAGCAUUACCAAGUGAUAUGAUUCCAGGCAUCCGAAGAAGCCUGAAAAAGAUUUUUGAUGAGAGUCUUACGCAGGCUCAUAUUAUGGAACAGCAAUAG